CUGUGCCGGUCCGUUAAUGGCCGUAACGAGUGAGGCAAAGCCCAAGUUUAGGGUUCGCUGAAAACAAGGGAGUGAGUGUUAUUGUAAAAUUUGCAGGUGAAGCAACAGUGUUACGAUUACGAAGCAAUUACAUGAGCAUGGGGGAAGCUCAUAGAAGGAUCACGGAGUAUCUGAAUCGCUUUUCCGACGCGAUUUCUUCGCAAGACGGAGCUACGUUCAAGUCUCUCUUCGCUCUCUCUUCCAACUCCCCAUUCCUUCUCUCUCUCGGCGACGCUCUCAACCUCUUCCAAGACCCCAACAGACUCAUCAAGCAAUCCGACAACUAUUCCCAGUUCGCAGACAUCCUCGUCCCUCUCUUCCGAUCCCUCCUAAACUACCGCCAGAACAACUUGCUCGAAGCCUAUAACGCUUUCGAAAAAACCGCCAAUGCGUUUAUCCAGGAGUUUCGUAAUUGGGAAUCCGCUUGGGCUCUGGAGGCUUUGUACGUCAUUGUUUACGAUAUUAGGGUUCUUGCCGAGAAGGCUGAUAAAGAAUUGGCUUCCAAUGGGAAAUCCCCUGAGAAGUUGAAAGGCGCUGGCUCCGUCCUUAUGAAAUUUUUUGGCACCCUUGCGGGAAAAGGCUCUAAGCGUGUUGGAGCAUUAUAUGUAACUUGUCAGUUAUUCAAGAUUUACUUUAAGCUUGGCACAGUUCACCUUUGCCGCAGUGUAAUAAGAAGCAUUGAAACUGCACGCAUAUUUGAUUUUGAGGAAUUUCCCAAAAGAGACAAGGUCACUUACAUGUACUAUACUGGUCGUCUUGAAGUUUUCAAUGAAAAUUUUCCUGCUGCUGAUUAUAAAUUAUCGUAUGCCCUGAAGCAUUGCAAUCCUCAAAGUGAAGCCAAUAUAAGGAUGAUUCUUAAACAUCUAAUUCCAGUGAAGCUUUCAAUAGGCAUAUUACCUAAAAACAGUCUCUUGGAGAAGUACAAUCUACUUGAGUAUAGUAAAAUCGUACAAGCUCUUAGAAGGGGCGAUCUUCGGCUUCUUCGGUGUGCACUGCAAGAUCAUGAGGACCGGUUCUUGAGGUCAGGUGUAUAUCUUGUCUUAGAGAAGUUAGAACUUCAGGUAUACCAGAGAUUAGUAAAGAAGAUUUACAUCAUUCAAAAGCAGAAGGACCCAGGCAGAGCUCAUCAGGUGAAGUUAGAAGUUAUUGUUAAAGCAUUGAAAUGGCUUGAAAUUGAUAUGGACGUGGAUGAGGUAGAGUGUAUAGUGGCCAUACUGAUAUAUAAGAAUCUUAUGAAAGGUUACUUUGCCCACAAAAGCAAGGUAGUUGUAUUGAGCAAGCAAGACCCUUUCCCCAAAUUAAAUGGAAAACCUGUCAAUUCUUAGGGACAACGUCAUUCAUGACACUGAAAUUCAGAGGGGCAAGAAAGCAUGGUAAUGACAGGGUGACUUUGAGACAGUUUUUUCAGCCGUUAGUGAUUGUACUGAAUGUUUGAGAAUCCUCCCAAACAUAUGGCCAUCAAAAUAUCACAGCGCUGCUCCGGUUUUAAAGCAAGCUACAUUAUCUUGUUUGGAUGAUGCUAACUCUUGCAAAUUGGAUUGUAGUUUAGGUUCCACUUGUGUUGUAUGCUGCAAAGAUGCUGCCAGUGGAAAUAAACUGUUAAAGUUACUGACCUCAUUGCAAUAACCUGAAUUUUUGGCUGCGGAUGGAUCUAUGACUAUGUUGGACAUGCAAAAUUGUGAUGUAUCUUGUGUUUUUGCAUUCUACUCUGCUUAAUUACAUUGACAACAUUCUUAGAUAGAGGUACUAGCCCUUUUUAUUUGAAAUAAUCUCCCUUUUUCUCUUCAGUUUUGAUAAAAUGUUCGGGAGUGUAUUUUUCUC